CAAUAUUCAAAAACAGUGUAAAGUCUGUUAGCAUUGUGUCAUCGCGUGGCAUCAUGUAUUACUGUGAACAACCAGCAAACUCAACCCUAAGCUUGGCAUGAUGUAAUCCAACGUGAACUUCAUGCGAUUGCUUGGACAGUGUUAAGAGCACGGAACCGAAUGUAAACAGGCGCAGAAUUUUCCAUUGACUCACUCUUGAUAAAAGAGAACAUAAACAAAAACAUGGGUGGUGAACCAAUAGUGCUAAUCCUAUCGACGGAUGAAUCUGUUAAGCCAGAAACUAUUAUCGAAAGGAUCCGUAAGCUGCCGAACAGUGAGGAUCAAAUCAAACUCAGUAAGGAUCCACCGGAAUGUAUCGGUUAUGCGUAUCAGAUACACACCAAGUAUUAUGAUACAAAGGUGAUCCUGUAUGCACAUGGUUCUGUCGAGCUAACCACAGUGCCGAAUGCAAUACUGAAACGGACGGAAGGAAUAUUGAUCUACUUCAACGCAAAGGAUCGUUCUUUCCUCGAGCGCCUUCCGGUGUACAGCACCUUUGUCCAGCAGAAGGAGAUUGAGUUCGGCAUACUGCUGUGCUCUACGCUACAGGAUAGCAAUACCGACGGUAUUACUUAUAGCGAAGCUAAAAGCCAAUGUACUGUACUGGAUGUAAUAGAGCUCGAACCGAAUGCGGAAGAUGCGGAUGAAGAAGUAGCCGGUGUGGGCGAAGCAACGGGUGUGGAUGAAUUGAUCCAAGCGAUGCAUAAUUACAUCUGGUCCAAUGUAAAUAUUCACCGGGGGAACAGAAACACGGCUACUACCGAUGACGAAAGUCCUCCUCCGCUUUCCCCGAAUCCAGUUGACGACGUAAUACCUCCGAUAACGGAGGAAGAGGAAAGAAUCAUCGAAGCCGAACUGAACGGAUUCGAACGACUGUUGACGGAAGUGAUGAACUUCCAGCCAAACACCAGCAGCUGGACGCGUAACGAACGGCUAAUGUAUGCGGAAGAGCUGGCCGAAAUGUUCGACAACCUGGUAGAGGAAGACGAUACUAUCGGGCACACUUAAGAGUAUUUAAUUUCAUCCCUACUGAAUUGUGCAUUCCGCAAUACCGGGAGCUUUUACGUUCUUUAAAGUAUUGCCUAAGCUUUUCUGUGACAUUUAGUUCUCCUUAUUAAGAUUCACUCAUUGUAUUCUCAAUCGAAUUCGAAUGAUUUUCGUUUAAAUUAUGAUUUUCUUUAACCGAUAACUAUGUCUGUGUUACUAUCAGGAAUAAAUAGUUGUGGGUCUGUUAAAACAGUAUAACAACAAUAUUCAUAGAGCUCUGAACAACAUCCGGCGAUUAUAGAAUAAAAUCCGAUCAUU